AUGGCGGUAGGUUAUUCCGCCGCCCUUGCUGCCGUCAGAAGCUACCGCCGUCCAGCCAGCUGCUACAGUGGUCAUCGCCUGUCAUCGCCGCUGCUGCUUGGGGCUGACUGCCGGGUUGCCGCCGAACCGAUUCGGAGACCGCCGCUGUUUCGGUUCAGCCGUUCCUCCUUCGGUUCGCCACUAAGUUCUCUUUCUCCUUCACAAGUUCAACACACACAGUUUCCUUUGUUAUCCCUGAAAGAAAGAAGCAAAGAAAAUGAAAAGGGGAAUAAGGGAAAAGGAGAUCCGGAGGAAGAAAGAGCACCGGGCAAGCAGCAGCUCGCCGGCCAGCCGCGCUCUGCCGCCACGUCUAGCUCGCCGUUGAUCGCGCUCCCGUUUGCCACCACCACAGCGCCGAUUGCGCCGUCGCUAGGGAGAACAGAAUCGAGAAGGGGUUGGCUCGUGAAUGUGGGUGGUCGUGGGCUCGGGGCCGCCACGUCUCCAUCACCACCGCGUCCACGCCGUGCCGCCGCCACUGCUAGGGUUUGCCGCCGCCACCUUAUCACCGCCGGCAGGCACAGAAGGAGAGAGAAAUUGGAGUUUUGCACAGCAGGGAGAGAGGGAGAGCGCGACAGGGGAAGCCAUCUUCGCCUGAGCCACCGUCGCCGGACCUCCUUGCCGUCGCCGAACCUCCUUGCCGUCGCCACAGAAGCUGCCUUCGUCGAUGCCGUUGGAGGCAUGAACGGGAGGAGAACGCGCAGGAGGGAGCUUACAGAGAGGGUGAUGCGCGAUGGCGGUAGGUUAUUCCGCCGCCCUUGCUGCCGUCAGAAGCUGCCGCCGUCCAGCCAGCUGCUACAGUGGUCAUCACCUGUCGUGAAUGGCUGCCGGAACCACACCGGAGCCUCUGGCCGUUUCUGUCACUUGAGACCCCGCUGUCGUCGCCGGAAAAUUCUGCCGAUCGCCGCUGCUGCUUGGGGCUGACUGCCGGGUUGCCACCGAACCGAUUCGGAGACCGCCGUUGUUUCGGUUCAGCCGUUCCUCCUUCGGUUCGAGUUGUUGAGACUGUUGCGAAAGUGGCUUGGAACCGAGGUUUUGGCUGCCGGGAUUUUGAUUGUUGAUUUUGGGUCAAGGCAGAAAGGAUUAUGUGACGCGUUUGGGCUAUGGUUUUGCGUUUUGAGGUAGGGGCGCUUUCCAAAAACUAUAUUUUAUAUGCCGGAAUUAUUACAUAUGGGUACUGAUGUGAGAUAAUGUAUUUGGUGAUUGUAUAAGCCUUAUGUGAUGUUGAUUAUCCUGGAUGAAUGUAAUUAUAUGUUUGAAUGGAUUAUUAUUUGGUUUUGAUGAACGAACUGUUGUGUGGUUUUGUGAAACAUAAUGCCGUCCAAGUUGAUUCUUUAGAGAUUUGAAAUAUGAGUUUAAUCCGUUGAGGAUUGGUUUGAAUUGAGUCAAUUAUUUUGAUGAUGUGAAAGAUAGAAUACUCUUGAAAUUCAGCCUG